CAACAAAGAGCAGCUUUAAAUGCAUUUAUAAUUUUUUAAGUGAGUAUUUUCAUUACCACAACCAGACAACAAACUGAUCGGAGCAGCUUCGCUGAAAGACAGCGGCUGAGAGCAGACACUGUGGAGCACACACAGGCGUCUCUAUGUGCAGCAAUUUCCUCUGAAGAUUCGCCCUGAAGUCACAGUAAAGAUGACUGAAAGACUGUUUGAAGAGAAACAGCAUGCUUCCCUCUAUCAAAAAUAUCGAUUUGAUCCACCAGAUGAGCUGAAGGACCUUAUUAUACAGUAUCUGGACAAAAAGAAAGGAAAGCCCCAUCAGCUGGCUGUGGAUUUGGGCUGUGGAACGGGGCAGAACUCUCGUUCCCUGACGAAAUAUUUUGAGCAGGUAGUGGGCAUUGACGUCAGUGAAUCACAGGUGGCAGAGGCGAGAGCAGUGUCGGGGUUCCCUAAUCUCAGCUACAGAGUAGGCACAGCAGAGGAGCUGCCAUUCCCAGAUGGCUCAGUGGACCUGCUGACAGCUGCGUCUGCGGCUCACUGGUUUGAUGCUGAACGUUUCAUAAAGGAGGCUAUACGUGUCCUGAAGCCUCGUGGCUGCUUGGCUCUCUUUGGCUAUGGAGACAGCAUGGACAUACACUUUGAAUCCUGUGGUGAUCGACUUAAUAACAUAUAUGAGGAUGUAAAGCAAAUACUGCUCCCUUACACAAGCAGUAAAGUAAAUGUGGCCAACAGCAAGCUAAAGGAUUUAUUUGAAGCCAUACCAUUCCCAGAUAAAGAGAGGAUUGAAAUAAUUCCAGUAAAGCUGCAGCUGAGCAUCAAGGCUGUAAUUGGUUAUUUUGAGACAUUCUCCAUGUACCAAGCCUAUCUGAGAGCCGAUCCAAGUGCUGCAACUGCGCUGUUGGAGAGAACAACAUCACGAUUUCUAGAGGAGAUGAAAGUGUCAUCAACAGAGACCAAAGUUGAUUUUAUAAUGGAGUACUACUGUGUGCUUGCAUGUAAACCUGAGUGACACAGUCACAUGACGCAACUCACAUGUACUGUCAUCCCAGGUGUUUAGCUACUGUAGUUCCUAUGAAAGGAACUACAGAACUACAUCUGUAUGUAGUUCCUACUUUGUUAAUCAAGUUGUUAGUAAAUCUGUAAACUUACAAACAGACAUUUUUUUUUAUAAUUUCUCAUAAUUUUGAAAAUAUCAACCACUUUGUAUUUGUACUAUGCAUUAUGAUGUUGCAUAAUGUUACUGCUCAGACAUUGAUGUAAUAAUUGUUAAAAAUAACAGUAAAAUCAGUUUGUUUUUUUCA